GAAAAAUACUGCGUAAAAACCAAUAAGGAAAUAUAAAGUACAAAACAGAAAGGGUAUAUCACAAACGCGUGAAAGGACUUGGAAGGAUACAGUAAAAUGGCGACUAAAACUAAAGACUGGCGGUCAGAACUAACAGCUUCAGGAUGCUUAAAGCACCUAGUACAAGAAAAACUGUUCACAGACGUCAAGUUUAUCUUCCCAAAUGACAACAAUGAGUCCUGCACUGGACACAAGCUAAUACUCAGCAUGAGGAGUGCUGUUUUUGAAGCCAUGUUUUACGGCUCCAUGUCAAAAGGUGAUGACGAAGUUACAAUCAGCGAUAUCGAUAAGAAGACUUUCGAGAUGGUGCUGCGAUACGUGUACACUGAUGAGCUUGAAGUAGAUGGAGAAACAGUAUUGAAGUGUUUGUAUGCAGCAAAAAAGUACUGCAUCGACGGGAUGGUAAAGCUGUGCUCAGAUGUUUUAGAAGCGUCUGUGGCCGUUGUUAAUGUUUGCUCAAAUUAUGAGCACGCAAAAUUAUACGAGCUGCAAGGCCUACAUGACAAAUGCAAGACGUUCAUGGUGAAAAACGCCACUGAAAUACUACAAGACGACGACUUUUUCAAUCUUACAAAUGAAAGCUUAGCAGAUUACCUAGCAAACGGACAGCUAAAAGCUGACGAGGCACUGUAUUUUGUUGCCGCUAACAGAUGGUCGGAGAAUGAAUGUUCAAAAAUGAAAAUAGAGAAAUCGCCAGAAAAUAAGCAAAAAGUUCUUGGUCCAGCUCUAAUGGAAAUAAAGUUUGGACUCUUGUCAACUAAGGAAUUUGAAGAACAUGUUUCUCCAACAAGACUGUUGAGUCCCGAAGAACAAGAUGAUAUUUACAAAUGGAUACAAACGAAGAAGUGGCCCUUGUCGGAUAUUACAAACAAGUUCAAAUCAUUGCCAAGAGAAUCGAUGACCCUGUCACUGAAUGUCGAUAAAUCAAAUCGUACAGAGAGCAGAACAUUACAUAACAAUUCACAAUUUUCCUUAAAAAGCACAAAAGCUAUUCAGAUAACUUCAGUUACCAUGAGGACAGCGCUGUAUACACUAUCUUCUGUUAAGGUUAACGCACAUGGCAAGGAUAAAGUCGACAUAACACUGUCAAACAUUUGCCGUCAACGACCAAGCACAUACGAGUUUAAAGAACCAAUUAGAUUGGACGGCAACACACCGGUGACGGUCAGUUUUAGAUUUCAAAACGCCACAGAACUAUCAGCCUCAAGCAGUUUGCACGAACCAUGGAAGACCAAUGUGCUUCCGAAAAACGUCAAUCAUAAGCAUUACAAACCCUUCGAGUGCGAUCAUAUCUUCGGUGGUCUAAUAGUGAGCUGUACCGAAUAUUCGGAAUUCUUAUCCACAAUUAAUUUUAAGAUACGUUGUUGAAUUGAAUUAAAGACAGUAGCUUUGAAGUGUUUCGUCUAUGUUAUAACCACAGCAUGUUAUAUUUUGUAAACGGAAUAUCAAUACAAACCAUUAUUCGGUAGAAAAGGCUUUUGUUGUAUCAAAUACAUUUAUGAAAAAAUAAAGGCUAUUAAUAAACA